AUGGCUACCGAAUUAACCGUCCAGUCGGAACGUGCGUUCCAGAAGCAACCACAUAUCUUCCUCGCCCACAAGGCAUCCUCGCAGAAGAAGAAGGCAGGAAAGGGCCGAAGAUGGUACAAGAGCGUUGGAUUGGGCUUCAAGACCCCAAAGGCCGCCAUUGAGGGUGGUUACAUUGACAAGAAGUGCCCUUUCACUGGUCAGAUCUCCAUCCGUGGACGUAUCCUCUCCGGAACUGUCAUCUCCACCAAGAUGCACCGAUCCCUCGUCAUCCGUCGACCAUACCUCCACUUCAUCCCCAAGUACAACCGUUAUGAGAAGAGACAUCACAACGUACCGGCCCACGUUUCGCCGGCUUUCCGUGUUGAGGAUGGCGACUAUGUUACCAUUGGACAAUGCAGGCCAUUGAGCAAGACUGUCCGCUUCAACGUCCUCCGAGUACAGAGCAAGAAGGCCAAGGGCUCCAAGCAAUUCUCGAAGUUCUAA